GAAGUUGUAGUUGGUGACAAUCGACAAAUGGCUACAGCCACGGUCGGUCGCGUCAGUGAUGUUUCGUCCUCGGAGUCCAGCGAUGAGGACGAAACAAGCCGAUUUCGGGAGGCGGCUGUACUUGAUUGUCACCACUCUACUUCAGCAUCGUGUAUGUAUCAUAUGGGAAGACCAGCAAGUCGAUACAGAACAGCGGGCGCAUGCCUCGGCCACAACCCAAUGACGUCAGUACGAGGCCGUCGCUAAGACCAUCAAGACAGGAGGGCCAGGAGCUGAAGAAUGAGCUCAACACAACGCCGGAAUUCAGGGCGUUUGUUGGCAAGAAACUGUCGCAGAUUGUGGACAGUAUGAUAGAAGUUGAUGAAACGAAGACCACACCCAGUUCUUCUACAGCCACAGACAUGGGGGCGCCAGACACCGGUGUCCGUCUGUUUGCAAGUUGCACGCGUCCCGUGAGCUUGGAGGAUCGACCCCCUGUGAGGAAAUGUGUCCCCAAACGCCCUGUUGAAAGUAGUUCCAGCGACAGUUCGGAAGAUGAAAGACUAGCCUCAGCAGCCGUGUCACACGAGUUUAUAUUCAAAGACACAACGUUGUCAGAUUCGUUUAAGAAAUACAAAGCCGAUCCAACAAACGCUAAUUUAGAUGUGGUUAAAUUGAAAAAAUCCAAAAAGAAAAAGAAGAAAAAGGUUGAAGAUCUUGCUGAAAUAUCAGUGCAGUCAACGGAGCCCGAUGCCGGAGUUGAUGCUGACAAUGAUAACGAGCACACCAAAACAAAUGGUAACAAAAAAUGUAAAAAGAAAAAGAAAAAGAAGAAGUGUGGAUGAAAAUGAUGAAAGUGUCCCGUUUGGGGCUGUGCUGUAGCAACGGUCAGCCCAGAACGUGGGUGAGAAUAAAUGAAGCACAUUGCAUGGGUGUCCAUAUCUUAUCACGGCGUUUCACGAAUUGAGAACGCUUGGUUGGGGCUGGGAAGCAAUACAGCCAGCCCCGCGUGUGGAGGACUCAAAAUGUGUACAGGUCAUAAAUGUUUGUGUUGUGUCUCAGAAGCAGUUAAACUGAACACGCUUUGUUGAACAUGUGGUCAGAACAGAUGAGAUAAGAUUUCUGCUUUUGACAAAGUUUUCUCAAUAAAUCAGUGCCAUGACG